AGGUGGAUACACUACAGGUCGGUAGCAUUCAGGAUGGUGAUGGCGCCCGACGAGGGAUGACGAUGGCGUGACGCUUAGCAUGGGCGACAGUGCAGCUCUCCUCGAUGGGAUACAGACGGCGCGGUGGCGCUCGAGCAGAAAUAGCAGAGGUGUUUUCUGUGUCCAUGGAAAGCUCUCGGCAUGACCUGUGCCGCUGUGCGCUAUGAUGGGCCUCAACUUUGUGCAGCCCAUGUCACUUUUGUAUAGUUAUCGCUGGAUCAACGGUGAAGGGUGCAGAUUAGCUGACUGCUCUCUGACGUUGUCUAGUCUGAAUCCCACGACCCCACCCCACGCCCGUCUUCCUCGCCUCAACGCCGCCACCCAAUCCAACCGCCUGGACGCCACAACCCCGCCCCACCUCGGCGCCGCCGCUCCAUCCAACUACCUCGACGCCGCCAUCCAUCCAACCGCCUCGGUGUCUGCUCCUCAAUACCUGGCCGUGUUCAACAUGCCCCCUGGAAGGAUGGAUGGGGCAAGGACAUGCAGAGACCUUGGUGAGGUGCCAAUUACUGAGUAUGAAAAGGAGAGGGCUUUAAAUGUGAUGAGGAACAACAAAAUGUUGAGUAGCCUUGGUAUAACUGGAUUAACAUCACUUAUUCGAUCAAGUAGUACAAGGAAGAACUCUAUCGCUCGUGAAGACUUUGAUCCAUUGUAUGAACCUGAUCAUAGUGAGGACAAUGAUCAUCAUGUGGCUAAUCAGGCCAUGCAGGAUGAUCCUUUCUACAUUGAAAGAAGGAACACCAACAUGUCUACUGGUUUUGGAGGAACAAAAGGAUCCAAGAGAGUGGUAGCACCUAAUGUAGAAGACCAAGUUGGUAGAGUAACUAGGCAGAAGACAAAGGAACUAUCCUUAGUUGAGAAAGAUAUACAUGGUUUGACUGCAAAUACAGAUGAGCACACAUUGAUUUCUGCCAAUUUUCCUGCACACCAUGAUGACGAGAUUCAGAUGUGUGAUGAAGAUGUCAUGACAGAUAAAUGGAUAAGGGGAAAAAGUAUGGGUAGACAAUUGGAAAGGAUAAGUCGAGGCCUAAACACUAAGAUCCCAUUGGUCAUCACUGAAGGGAAUAGACGUCCUGAGGUUCCUAUGCAAGCUGCAAUGCUUGCAUCAGAAGGAGGAAUUGUAAUUAGGCAACAUAUGCCAAUCCUAACACACUGGAAGGAAUACAAGAAUGACAAAUCCUAUUUGGAAGACUUCGUCGGUAGAAUUGGUGGUCAAUUUGCCAUAGACACCAAAAACAAAGAUGUCAAAUAUGCAUGUGCUGAUUUGAUGAGGUGUAAUCAGCGACAAAUGAGAUAUAAGCUCAAGAAGGCUUACUUUAAUGGUGUGGCAGCUGACAAAGUGAGAACAACAUCACCGUUGAGUACUAUGACAGAUGAGCAAUGGAUGCAACUAGUCAAUAUGUGGUCUACCCCAAAGCACAAGGAAAAAUGUGUGAACAACAAAGUGAUCCGUGGAAAAGUUCGGUUCCAGCAAAAGACAGGAUCUCGGAGUUACAUUGCACAUAUGCAUGCCGUGAAGCAAGCCAAAUAUGGAGAUGCACCACCAAGUGCGAUUGAUCUUUUUAAAGAGUGCCAUUGUAGUAGGAAGACUGGUUUUGCUGAGCCUGUAAAGGAAGCAAUUGACACAAUGGAAGCACUUGUGGCUGAGCCUGGAGUAGAAGGGAAAGAAUCUAAGACCCCUACAGAAGCAGUUGCUCAAGUGUUGUCUUCAUCAAAAUUUCUUUAUAAUAUUGGUCUUGUACCUGCCACAAAGAAAAGCUGCAAUGGUGGUGAUCCUACACGCGUGGCAGAACUUGAGGCUGAACUUGAAUCAGAGAAGCAAAACUCAUUAGAAGUUAGAGCUCAGUUAGAUGCCCUAAAGAAGAAGGUAGAAGAAUCAGAAGAAGCAAGGGCUAAGGAGUUAGAAAAGAUUAAUGAUCUGCAAAAAGGAGCAGAUGAGACCAAUGCUCUCCUUCGUCGUCUCUUUAGCCUCAAUAAGUAGUUGGUCGAUUGUGCCCUGAUUUUGCUGUCCUAUUUGUACUUUGCUUUGCACUCUACUUGAUGCUGGUGACAAAACAUGAUGAUAGUUUUAAUUUUGAUAUGUCCUUUUGGUACUGUCCUUAGCACACUACUAGAUGCUGGUGUGAUGAAACAUGGUGACAAUUUUGAAAAAUUUGAAGGAUUUGGUUGUUGAUAAAUGAUAUCUAUGAUAAUAUGUUGCUAAGUA